AUGGGCCCGCGCCGGAGACGCAAGCCCGAAACCCCGACGAGGCGCCCCGCGAGCCCGAGCCCCGGCCCCUCGCGGCGGGGCCCUUCCCUAGGCACUUCUUCCCGAGGACAUGGUCAGAGGAGACCUUUGUGGUUAAAGGAGAUCCGAAAACUUCAGAAGAGCACAAACCUCUUGUUAAGGAAAGCCCCCUUCAGCCGCCUGACAAGAGAAAUAUGUGGUAAAUUCACUCGUGGUGUGGACUACAAUUGGCAAGCGCAGGCCCUGUUGGCCCUACAAGAGGCAGCAGAAGCAUUUCUAGUUCAUCUCUUUGAAGAUGCUUACCUUCUCACCUUACAUGCUGGCCGAGUUACUCUUUUCCCAAAGGAUGUGCAACUGGCAAGAAGGAUCCGAGGCAUUCAGGAAGGGCUGGGCUGAGCUCCUACAACCAGCGUUUCUGGGUGAUGCAAGGAACUCUCUCUGGAGCCACAACUAGAUCCAAUGGAGUCUGAGG